AUGGAGCGCAACAAACUCGCUCAAACCGUCAUGGUGACUCUGGUCUUUGCCCAGGAGGAGGCCGGCACGGCCGUCUGCAUCUCACCCGGCGGCAUCCUCCUCACCUGCUCCCAUUGCGUGGCCGAAACGGCCGACGACUUCGACUCCUCCAGAACCCACUGGCUCCUCUUCGCCUCGGGACAGGCCGUCGGGGCGGAGCCUCUGGCGUGGGACGACAGACGAGACCUGGCUCUCUUGAGGAUUGUGGCCGCCCAACCGACGCCGUCCCUUCCAUCUGCAACAGCACCACCGCCACCCGCGACGUUCCCCUUCGUCACAGCAUCGCCCACGCCCCCGACCGUCCAGACCCGCCUCGUCUGCGUCGGCCACCCGGGCAGCGAGGACUUCGAGGCCGCGGACCCCGGCACCGAGACCGGCUACGACGUGCUGCACCUCAGCACCGGGACCUUCAGGGGCUGCGCCGAGGGCCGGGACCCGCAGGACAACUCGGAGAUCGGAGCGCUGAUGCACACCUGCUGGACGUACUGGGGCCACGGCGGCGCGCCGUUGCUCGAGAGGCGGACGGGGAUGCUUGUCGGCCUGCAUUCGUCAUGGGAUGACAAGACGGGGAUGAGGAGGGGGAUCACGUGGGAGGCCAUUGUGCGGUUUUUGGAGGAGAACAAACGGUUUAUGGAGUAA